AAAAAUUAUGCAAGACACUCCUCUUUUUAAGGCAAUAUUCCCUAAUUGAUUGCCUGCCCCGAAGACACAUGUAUUGACAGUUAUCAAAUACCUCAAAAGUUGAAUUAAUCAUUUCAAAAACGAGUUAAUAAAAAAUGGUACUAUAGUUAAAAAGUCCAUAGUUGUACGGCGUCAUGUCGGCUGAUGCUGUGGUUACCAUGUAACGGGACUGGAGUCUUUUACGCAACAAUGUGGACCAAUGUCAUGAACAUGGGCCUACAAAAUCCUACGCCACAAUUUAUGAAGUUAUAGGCUAUGAUAAAAGCAAAGUGACAUGAAAAGACAUAUUAAAUGUUGUGCGAAAGAAGAACAGGAUCGACUUUCAACUGCACAUUUAUUGGAGGUCGGCGAUGACUGUGUUGAUUACUAUGAUCAAACAGAGAGCAAUGACGGAGUCGGUGCCUGGUCGCAAGAUGCAUGUAGUUACAGGAUUGAUAUUUGCACCAAGGGCAAACUGUCCAGAAAAAUUAUUUCAUAUCAGAGAAGAGAGUGUGCAGAGAAUACAUGUGAUGUCAUAUCGCAAUCUCAGCAUUACAACGACCCUGAGCGGUUCAUUGAACAAUACAGAAGUGACAGAUUGCGCCGUUUCCCCUGUCACACACAUAUCCCUACACAUCCGGGGACAUGGGUGGUGCUGAAAAGCUGCGAGGAAGAGCCCUUCGAUUUUACCAUGCCACCAAUCAGAGGUAAAAACAACAGCGCUACUGGAGACUACUUGGAGCAACAAUAUGCACUUAUAUCUGAAAAAAGAGACACGUUUUCCAAACACAAACAGACGGAUGAAUGUAAAAAGUUAUCUUCUGCAUGUGUUCAAGAUGAUGAAAUGCUCUGUUUUACCUGCCACGCUAUGCUAAGGUCAUUUCAAAAUUGUGGAGACAAGGAGCUGUCCUACUAUGAGCCAAAUGGCACAGUCUACUCACCUAUCAACAACAUGGGCAUCAAGCUGCUGACAGUGCAACAAACACAGACCUCGUUGGACGCCUUGCGGAGGAACCAGCGACUCAGGAGCAGCGCUGUCAUCAGGAGGCACCCACGAGCCAAUAAGAGUGCCACCUUAGGGGACAUCUCCCUGUCAACAUUCAAAAACAACGUGGUGUGGUGUAACGGCUAUCGAGAGACCUCUUCCAUGCAGGCCGCCGCUCUCCCUGAUGUUCCCAGUUCUUCAUCCAAGAAAGGAAACAAUAAGGCCAAUCCUUUUACGGUCAAAGGGUUGAGAAGGCUCCCUCCAAGUCAGAAUGGGACCAGGCCUGGCCGCUCCUUUCCCGAGUCAUCUCCUCCCAGUGGGAGAUCCAUCACCCCAGGCACCCAGCUCUCCUCCACCACCCCCCUACCUCCAUCGCACCCCUGGAAGUCCAGCUCUACAUGCUACCUGACCCCUCCACAGUUGGCACCCACUAAGCCCCUGGUGGUCCAGCAGAGGAAAAAGAGAUGGUGCCCUCUCCAAGACGGUGAGAGGGUUGGCUUUGCAGAGAUUUUGUUGAAACAGAGGAUAAUGGUAUUACAUUAAAUGCAGUUACAUUUUCUAUGCUAAUUCGUAUCAUACAGACUCUUUGCUCCUUGU